CUAGUGUGCGACUUUAUAGUUGAAAAUAGUAAGAGGAAAAGAAGUAGAACUGGUGAGCAUUAUUUCGAUGAAUUUUGUACCCACUUUUGGGAAAGACCAGUUACUCUAUUCGAUCAGGUCAGAAAUACAAACUUAUCAAUACAAAAAGGGCAAGAAAGACGUGGAAACCGUACACCACCCUCUUCAUAUAAAAAGGUUACUACUAUAUUAAAUCGACAAGUUUCUUUUAAUAGGCAAAGAAGUCGGAAACAGUUCUCAGUUAAUAAUGCUAAUGGUGUUAAUGAUGCUAAUGGUGUUAAUAAUGCUAACAGUGUUAAUAAUGCUAAUAGUGUCAAUAACACUAAUAGUGUUAAUAAUACUAAUGCCAAUAGUGUUAGCCAUACUAGUCCGGGUAGAGAGAAUUAG